CUUUAAACAAUAGCCUUUCUUGAUCUAUUUUGAUGUCUGAAAGAUCAGGAAAUGGAAAAGCCUCUUGGCCAUUUACAUGCCAUCUAACAUCUGUGAGGACCCUCACAGCCUACAAAGCCUGUACUUGUCAGUGUCCCAUUUGUGCCUCAGAGCAGAUAUGACCUGGGCCAGAGAGAUUGCAACAACCAGGAAUAAUACAAAGGCAGCUGCCUGACACGGUUUACGGGAGUCUGAUGUGCAGAAAUAUAGAUCUGAGGGUGAGAUACACUUGGAUUUGAACGAUGGGUUUUGUUAUCUUGUAGCCUGGUGACCUGACACAGGCUUGGUAACUUCUCUGAACCUUUUUCCUUUCUAUAGAACAGUCACAGAUUUUGGACAAAUUUGAUGGGCUAAUGGCACAUAAACAGUGUCAAGCUUAGAUAUGUUGUAGUUCUGGUCUCUUUUAAUAGUAGAUUAUCAAUCAAAGCAAGAGUUUACAGAAUGAGUUUCCACGCAAUUAGGGAGUUACUGUUCUGUAUUAAAAUCUGGCGAAAUUAGCUCUAUUUCUUUCAAACGACCACAGUAACUUGUUGGAAAAGAACUGCAAAUAUGAUCAUAUGGAGAAAUUGUAUUCUCUUAGUAGCUGGUUAGCUACUCAGAGAAUUUCUGUGUAGAGAGAAACCUGCUUUAAUCUGGGGAGUAGUAGCUGAACCCCCUGGGCCCAGAUGGGCCACACCAGACUUCAGAGGAAGAGCAGAGCUGGAGGUCCACCGUACCCUCCAUCUCCUUUGAGAUGCAUAGCCAUGUGGGAGGUUAAAUCACUGUGAGAUGUGUGACGUCAACUUCCUCCCUGGCUCUCCUGCAAAAUCUUCACUGAAGGUUAAGAUUCUCAGGAUUCUUAUUAAUGGUGGCGUGGAAUUGAAUCAUCCAUCCCUGAAGCAAGGGCUCUGUGCCAGUGAUACAGUCCCCCGGCUUAAAACUCCUGUUUCUUUGAUAGUUUUAGUGGGUUACUUCAUGGUUUUACUUCCAUAAACGAGUAAUUCCCAAACUGUUUAUAGUACUCACUUUUUGUCUUCCAUGGAUUCCUCAUCUUGAGUAGUUCUCAAAUCUUUAAGGCGUAAAUAAGUAAAAGUGGAUCUUGUUAAAACAGACCUGAUUCCAAAGGUCUGGAGGGGAGGAGGCUGGUGUCUAGCCAAGGUCCGGGCGAAGCCCACGCCGCUCUGCACGCCACCUUUGAGGAGCAAGGUUGUAAAAUACUUUUCUCUGGAGGAACCUGGUUUGUUUUAGUGAUAAUUCAUGCCUCAUUUGUUGUUACUAAACACCCACCGUGUGUGCUCAGGGAUUCUGAUCAGCAUGAGCUACCCAUGCUAGCACCCUGAGAGCGACAGAGCUCAAAGGCGAAGACAGUGCCUGGCAGUCGUAACUGUAAGGCCUGUCCAGGAUUUCCUUCAGGUUUCUGAAAUACUAAAAGUAACCUUGGGGACUUGCAGCCGCUGUACUAUACUCUUAAAAAUAGUUAAAAUGGUAAAUUUUUUGUUAUAUCUAUUUUACCGCCAAACAAAACACUUCUCCUGAGAAAGGCAGGGCCCCAUGCCACCUUAGGUGGCUGUUCAAAGAAGAAAAGGCCAUACGAGACUUUUCCUUUUGUCUCAUCCUUGUGCCUGAGAUGUCAAACUUGGUCUUUCUAUUUGAGAAGACUGUUUCAAAGGCAUUAGGAUAAAAAUGACUUGUGGACCCUCCAGGUCUCUUGGUUCUGCUGGCUAAAGCAGUGAUGAAUGAGCGGGGGACCCCAGCUACCAAAGAAGCUACUACUAAGUGGCUUGACUAUAUGCCAAUCGAGUCCAUUCUGGGAAAACGGUUGUUCUGACAAGAACCUCCCGAGAGGGAAGCCAGUUAAGAGUGGGACAGAGUCCAGAGCACGGCUGCUGGCCUCACAUAGUCGGCAUGGCCAUGUAGCCUCCAGUCCACCUCCAACUGGGUCAUCUGGGCAGAUGUAGGGAGCACAGGUCUGUCUCCUGUCUAAUUCUCUUUUGUUCUCCUUUGUACCUUGCCCAUAUCUAAGAAAAACUUACCUGAUUAUAAAUUAUAUUCACAAUUCAGCUAUUUAAUGUUCACUUUUUGAAAAAAUACCUUUUUAUCCUCCUUCCAUCCAUUACCCUCAGGUAGAAAGGUAAUCCCCCUGACCAUUAGUGUCACAUUGCUGUUUGUGUCACCUUCAGGAUGUCCAUAUGUCACAAUAGACAGAUACUUAUUCAACACUUAACUAAGCAUAGCUUAUGUUUGGGGCUGGGUAAGGCCAUGGAGCUACCUGAUGAAUGGGACCCAGCCCCUGACCCCAGGCACAUAGAUUUGUGAAAAAGAUGACCCUAUUUACAGAUCAUUGUAAAGCAAACGGUAAGUGCAGUGGUGGAUAUACUCCAGGGCAUAAUGAGAACAUAGAAAAGUGAAAAUGAAACCAGUAUGGGCUUAGCAAGGAGAGGUGGGGUGAAGUGGGCAGUGGGUUGAGAGAGAAGAAAGGCCAGAGCUGAGAGAGAAGAUGGUAGCUGGGAGACUUUCAUCUCCUUCCAGCAGGUUGCUGAGCAGAACAGCGUCCCCCUUCUCUGAGUUUCCAUCUUUGGGAGCCUGGCUCCUUCAUUUUGGGGAUUCUGUCCUAUAGGCCAAGUGCUGCUGCCUCCACCAAGCCAACCAGAAGCAAGCACAGGAACUAGAGGAUCCUAAAAAUCCCAGCACAAUGCUCCUCAACAGAGACACCAAUCCAAGUAAAGAUGGUAUGGAAAUCGAGUCUCCCCGGUGUUCGCUGCCAGAAUUAUAUGCAUUUGUCGAGAAUUUUAAUAAGAACAACAAGAAAUCGAAUCUUCUAAAAACUUACAGUAUUUUACCUAGUGAAGCACAGAAAACACUUAGUCAAAACCUGAACACCAUGCUAUUCACCAUCGAAACUGAUGUGAGAAAAGAUGCCCAACCUGUUUAUACCUGCAAAGUGCUCAGAAAAAAUGGAGAGAGGCCGACAUCUAUGACCGAACUCCUAUACUACAGCCUACUGACCAGCUCACUCUCUCCAGUAGAGAGACUCUCCAGAUCCCAGCAGAGACUACUCCAGUAUGGGAUCCCUCCUCCCUCACACACUUUUCCUUAUGAGAUUCUCAUCAAUUACUCUAACUCUUUGGCCACCACACAGAAGAUUCAGAGCACCAAAAUAAUACCCAGGCUGGGUGCUUCCCACAUCAAGCCAGAAAAAUUUACCUUUGAAGAUAAAAUUUCUGCAUAUUUAUUAGUUGAUCCAGGUAAUCUAAACAGAUAAGGCCAGAAUAUGAGUGUGUGGUAGAAAAUGAGUGAAAAUUUUACUACAAACUUUACCUACAUUUCUAGAGCUGAAACAGUCAAAUAUUAACCUAUGGGAAUUUUGCAGUUCUGGGGUUCAUGUCUGAUGCUCUUGUUGCCUACCAUGGCAAUGAGAAAUAGAGGACAGGGAAUCAAACAUUCCAGGAUCAAAUCUCAAACUCAUUCGCCAAAAAGAAGUUAUUAUUUAGACAUGACACUUAAACUUAUUUUUAUAAAAUGGGCCGGUUAAACUUGGACUCUAAAGCACCCAUGACUAUUUGUUUCUUGUUUUGUGAAGUUAGUCAAAUAUUUACUGAAUAAUGGCUUAUCUUUCUUAGGUAUCUUGACUUUUGUUCAACUGAGGCUUUUUAAAGGUGUUUUUUUUUUUUUUCAUGAAACUUUACCUUUUCCUUAUUAUUACAUCUCUACAAACAAGAGGAAACUCUCUCUUUAUUUCUGAUUCUUUAAUAGGGAGCUACCCAUAAAAGGACAAAGACUAUACAGAGAAAAUUUAAAAUAUAUAAAAUAUAUGAUGGUAAGUUUUAGUGAGAAGGGGGUGUCUUAUUCCUAAAUUCAUCAUUUUUCUUAUAUAAUUUGUGGGAAGUAAUAUUUUGUAAUUCUGUGUAGCUAUAAAAAAUGAUUAAACCACUGAUAAAAUAUUUGAACCCCUCUAAAGUAAGUUCUUGACUC